UAGCCCAAACUGCCCAAACGUGCUAGUACCUGCUGUAAUCACCUUGGUCGUUCUGAAUACAAGGCGUUCAGUGCGUUACCGUAGCUUAGUGGUGCUGUAUAUCAAUUUGGAAAGCUAUGGUCGGAGGGUUACGUGUCAAGCUUGUGCGUUGGGGCUUCAACAAGCGACCAUUUUACGUCCUGUCGAUAAUGGAGAAGCGGCAAGCGCGGAACUCGGGCGUCCGAAAAGAAGACGUCGGCUGGUGGGACCCGAAUCCUGCUGCUGAUGGCAACAUGCAUCUAGGCCUCAACUUCGACCGCCUCAAGUACUGGCUUACCGCGGGAGCCAAGCCCACGGACAAGGUCGCGGAGCUGCUGGGACACGCGGGUGUGCUGCCAAAGGUGCCGCAGCCGCCCCAUUACAACCCGCGCGACCCGAAGGAUGAUACGAAAUGGCGGCCAAACGAGGACAAGUAGGCGAAAUGAGCAACAGCAGGCGCAGGUGCAGGAGCUGAAGCCGCCACCGGGGGCUGCACGUGCAACUGCCUAGGAAGCCAGCGUCCAGGUGCAGAACUCGGUCGGUGGGCGCCAGGCCUGGCAUGUUCCACCUGCCACGCAUGUGGAACAGCAACAGACGCGCUGCCGCUAUGCGCCGACUGCGUUCAUAGCGCGUGCGGUUCGUCAUGCCAGGAGUGGUCUGGCAGUGGAGACAGCCUGGCUGGUCGCGCUGGUGGGAUGCGGAAAUACUCGUGCUCGAAUACCACCUCCCAGUGACUGAAUUACGGUACUGGCAUGAUAUUCUGCGGCUUCAGUGGCUGUUGUGGUUAGCAGUUGUGAAGGGGCUACAUCGGCACGCUGGUGUCAUGGGUGCGGCGGCCAGGGUACCGCGGCCGCGUGUGCCGAUGUGUGGGGAAUGAAAUUGAUGAGAUAACUUAAUCCUAUACUUAAGAACGCUGCAAUGCUGUGAACGGCACUGUGUUUCACGCUUGCCGGAUGUGUGUUUGUGGGGAGCGACAUGCAGCACCCGUUGUAUGCGGAGGCGGUGCUUGACGGGGCUGCAAAGGAACAACCCUUUUGGCACAUGCGAAGGAAUUGCAGCUGCAUACGGUGAAGUGACAAACCGUACAGUUGAUCAAGAGUGUGGCCCAUCCUGGAGGGUGCAGCAGGAUGGUGCCUGAGCACGCGUUGUGGAGCACGGUAAGGAGGCACGAGUCGGCGUUGCGCGGCUCGCAUGGCGACGGCUGGGCGUUUGCGCUAUGAUUUGCUGGGGCGUCAUGCGCCAGCUAAGCAGGGACAUGCCUCGCAAUGGCCAUGGCAUAGGGCGAAGGGGGCGGAGGCGAGGUGGUUGUGGUGCGGACGUGAGGGCGCGCCGUGGGGGCCUUCAAUCGGCGCAUGCGGGGGCAGGCGUGCGUGUUGCGGCCAGGCUCAAGCAUAUGCAUUCUUCAUGGAAGGUUGCUCUGCGUUAAUAGCGCUUGGGAUGCAGAUGCCGGCAAUCCUGUGAGGGAGAAGAGGUGUGAGAGGCCCGAGGGGUGAACCGGAGCCUGGCCGUCCGAUGCCAUGGCCAAAAGCGAGCAGUUCGAAGAGACUCUGUUUCA